CCUCGGUCAUCCAUCACGUUCUCUCUCACAUUGGUACAAUGGGUUCUGACCUGUGAACUCCAAUGGUGGAGUUGCGCGGCCGACCGACCGUUCUUCCCCACCUUGAUAACUGGCUCUUCAGGGGAGAACUGCCGAUCCUGCCGAUUCCUACCCAUUGCGACCAGCAUAAAAGGUGCGCCCCUUCCAUCCUGCCAAACUUUGCUUCAGGCUGUUAGGCACAUUCUUCAGAGUUUGAAGUGGCUAAAGUCAAUCUUCUUAUUCCUCAUUUCAAUUGACCAUGUCUCUCCGAUCUGCCCUCCUUCUCGCCACGGGCCUGUCCAUGGUCCAGGCCCGACCUGCCACCUCCAAGCUCAGUGCACGCGGCACCAUCGCCAGCGACGAGAUCGUAGGCUUUGAUCAGACGGUCCCUGACGAUGCUACAGGCACAUUGUACCUGAACUACCAGCCAUACCUUUACGUGGUGAACGGAUGUGUGCCGUUCCCUGCCGUUGAUGCGGAGGGCGAUACCAACGCAGGACUAGCCCCCACUGGCGCCUCCGACGGUGACUGCAGCUCCUCGACGGGUCAGAUCUACGUCCGCAGCAACGUCUCCUCCACGGGCGACUACACCUACCCGACUGCCCUGCUGUACAGCUGGUACAUGCCCAAGGACGAGCCCUCCACCGGUAUCGGCCACCGCCACGACUGGGAGGGCGUGAUCGUCUGGAUCUCCGACCCCACUGUCUACACCGCCGACAACAUCCUGGCCGUGUGCCCUUCUGCCCACGGUGGCUGGGACUGCUCCACCGAUGGGUACACGCUCGACGGCGUCAAGCCGUUGAUCAAGUACGAGAGCAUCUGGCCCAUCGACCACUCGUGCGGGCUCACCACCACCGUCGGCGGGACGCAGCCGCUGGUCGCCUGGGAGAGUCUGCCCUCGGCUGCUAGCACGGCGCUGUCGGAUACGGACUUUGGGAGCGGGAUCGUGCCGUUCAAGGAUGCUACUUUUGAUGAGAACUUGGCGAAGGCUACUUACUGAUUUGACUCUAAAGAGGGGGCGGGGCUUGUGGGGUUUGCAGGAUGGAAAUAGCUGCAAUGUUUCCGCCACGGAAGCAUUUUGGUGAAUGACUUGCGCUGCUGUACAUAGGUGGUAUAUUAAUGCUGAAAUGCCAGGGUUGUACUUAUGGUUAUGUGAAUAUAAAGGCUAC